UGGCAGAUAUAAUAAGUCAUGAUCAGUGGUGCUUUUAUUACAAACUGGCUUUUCCAAAAAAGUAGCAAUUACAAAAUCCUCUUUAAUUUGAUCAGGAUUGUGUCUUUUUUGUCGAAAAGCCUUUGCUUAAUUGGUAUUCGGCGGCUAUAUACAAAGACAUCCUUCAAUUUUAUAAUAAAUCUAAUCUACGUCACAAGUACAUAUUCGCAUUUUCGAAAAUAUGUAAGGCAAUAAGUUAUAAGAAAAGGCUUGCUGGUGUUUUUACAGCAUGGAAAGAUCGGUAUAUGAAUUGCGUAUGUAUAAGUGCUCCCAAAGGCAAAAAAAAAACAACUAAUAGUGAAACCUAAUAGUAUACUUACUGGAGAAAGAGACCAUUUGAAACUAAGAUGACUUCAGGAAAAAUCAAUCAUCCUAAAAUUAUAGAUAUUACACAAGUUCAUUUGCGUUUUCYUGCAUUGCCGAUUUGUGUCUAAAGCCGGUAAAACCGACUAAGUGAUCUCUCCUUUUUGUCGGUCUUCCUUGUGGAGGUGGACUAGCAACACUAUAAAUACUCUAUUUGGUUUUUCAGUGUCUCCUGRAGUACUAAUGGGUACUGGAAUCAGUUGGGAAAAGUUGUUGCGGGCUCGAGAAUAACAUAUGCCGUUCUGAAUGAAGACUAGGAGAAAAAGGAGGCAAAAACGGUCGGCAACUUAACCGGUUUACUUUAAUUCGUUUUUUUUUUAUCAUCAAUAGUGCAGAUAGUUGAAGAUAGUCCUACCAUCUUGUCAUAGGUCUCAUAGGGCCUGCAGUGCCGAAGGCAGUGAAAUGGAUGGAAACAACUUCUCAUUUCCCUGAUUAAAAGCACCACUUUUCAUAAAGGGAAAUAAGCAAGAAUAUACAUUAUAGAACGUGCUAGGAAGCAUUCAUUUUUAAUGCGUUUUUCAAAAGAGCACUAGAGGUGAAUAUAAUACUUUGAAUCAUUAUUUAUUGAUCAAUACUUGAUCGAACAGCUGGUUUCAACAGCAUCACUUUGCUUUCACAUUGGACUCUCGUUGAGAUGAAGUUAUAAAUAACGAAGAAGAUACAAGAUAUAGAGGGCGGACAGAACAGAUGGAAGCCUAUCGUUGGCGCCAGUCCUUAACAGUAUCUGUGCUCUGCUCUGUUCUGCCUCGUUUCUCGUCGUUUAAUAUAUUACAUGAAGUUUCAGCUUUUUAUCGAAGUCGUUCGUUCCACAAGCUUCAAUAGCGGUAGAAGAACUGAGUUCAAAGACCCCAAAUAACUACCUGAACUUCUUGGUGAAGCUGGAUUGAGCAACAGACUUCGUCUUCAAGUGAGCCAACAAGACAAAUAGCCUAAAGACCGCAACACCAUCUGUUACAGAAAGAAGACCAAGGAACUACCACACAACUACCCCAAACUCUACAGCGCUCACAGGACUACAAACGGCGAUAGUAGAAGAGUUUAUCAAUACAAGAACAUGAAUGGGUCAUUGAAUAGUACAAAGUUAAAUUUAACUGGUACUCCGUACGAACCAGUUUGGAUAUGGCUGACGUCCUUGCUACUUCCGUUUAUUUAUAUUGGCAAUGUAUUGGUGAUUGUAUCCUAUUUUUCCAAUAGACUUCUGCACACAAGAACUUAUACGCUCCUAGUGAGCUUGGCCGUGUCUGAUCUUAUUGUUGGUCUUAUUGCUGUGCCAUUCUGGAUAGAAUGUAUGAUCCACCAAACCAAAUGCAUACAAAACUUAUUACUUUUCAAAUUCCUCGACUUGUUUAGUGCUUUUGCUUCGAUUCUACACCUAACGACGAUUACAAUCGAACGAUAUGUCGCGAUUUGUCGACCGUAUUUUCAUGCAAGGCUAUCGAGUCGAUUCCACGUUGGAGCUCUUAUCUUUGUUUGGACGUUUCCUAUGACGAUGGCGGGGUUGUCUUGGUGUUUUACCGACCCUCCUCAUCGAUAUACUUUUAAUUGCACUGUGUUUGUUCUAGGGUUUGCCCUUCCUGUUACUACCAUUAUUUCAAUGUAUGUUGGCAUCUUCAGAGCUGCGAAAUCGCUAUUAAAGCGGCAACAGAGACCGUAUUUAUAUCCCAACGAGAAGGACACAAGAAAAAGGCUUCGUGACGAUCGCAAGGUUGCUGUAACAGUUGCUGUGAUUUGCGGUUUUUUCAUCGUUGCUUGGCUUCCAUUUUUUGCGCUGUCGAUCAUUGCAGGAUUUUGCGAGCAGUGUUUGCCAGAUAAAAUAAUGAACCUGCACAGAAUGGUGGCCGUUGUGAAACUUCUUCAUUAUGGGAACAGUAUGGUCAACCCAGUGGUGUACACAUUUCGAGACCGUGAAAUGAGAAACACGUUUGUUAAGAUUCUAAGAAUUAAAGUUUGCUGGCGACGGUUGGCGUCAUUUAGACGCAAGGAAAAAAAUACAACCUACACCACCCAAAUGACAGAAACUCGAAAGAAUUGAUAUGACAAAUGAUUCAGUCUUGCUUGCGCUUGGCUUUGCGUCUUUUAUGAUUAAACUAAUGGCGUUUAUAUGGAGAGAUAGUGAAGAUUAUUUCGCUAGGCAAGCCCUUGGCGCUCAAAUCCCUAUCAGUGCCAGUGGACUCACAAAUCUGAUCUUUUUGAAGAUGUGGAGGGGACUGGUGGAAUAUCCCCUCACCAAUCUCAAACAAUGACGUCAUCGUUAUGCACGCCGACGCAUUUCACUACAAAGUAAACUUGUAACCGGAGUUUCAUAUAAGGGUUCAAUGAAGAAAUAACAUAUAUAGAUCAACCUUAUCAGUUCAAGAUAGUGCAUGCCGUUGGAUUUCAAUAUACAGGGUAUAGUUUUAAAGAGGUGUAAAAUGAGCCGUUAGUGGGUUGGGGUGACUUGAGCUACACGCCUGUAGCUGUACGAGAGAUAUCAAUAGUCCAGACCGUGCUAGAUUCAGAAACAACUCAGACAAAAAAAUCCACCCAACAAACAAUCCUUAACGCUCAAUCAAACACCAUCAAACGAAUCGUUCAAAUGAUGACACGCUGGAUCGCCUAAUAACCUCGUCUGACUGAAAUGCCUAUCACCAACCAGUAUUCCUUACGAUAAUACAUCUUAAAAAAACGUUUUUAUAAUGAUAUGGGAAUGGAUUGCUAACGGACAAAAUAGAAAUGUGAAUCAGACAACAGCAAUCCAUAUACGCUUUUUCUGAAAUAGCAUAGAACAUUCCAUUGUGCUGUGUAGAUUCAGUAAAACAUAUUUUGUUCCUGCGGCCAUAUAUGGCAUUGUUUGUACUGAAUCUAGACCACAAUGCAUCAUGAUUUCGUAUUUUAAGCAAGCUUAACUUUUUAACUUCUUUAUAAUGUACGUCUAUAACUUUAUGUUAUAAUAUAUUUACAUCUUUGAAGCAACUUUAAAUAUUGCCAUAAUAAAGCUCAUAAACCCUU